AUGCAUGCCCUGGCAAAUGGGACGACGAAGGAGCGAGCAGAGCUAUUGCGACGUUGGGUUCAGUCCCACGAGAACAUCGCUGCUUGCGAAUCUUUGGUCAAGGCGACCCGUCGUUCGAAUCUGCGGGGGCAAAGAGUGGUACAAUUGGUGGCUGUAAAAGACCGCGAUGCUCCAGGCAUCGUGGAGGAGACCAAGUACUGGGUGACCACUGCCGAGACAAGGACAGACACCCUGGAUGUCUCGCAUGAGCAUUCCAUGUCGGUGAAUGCCACGGCCUCCCCUGAUGAUAUGUACAACAUCUUGAAUGGCCCCACUGAUCCUUCCCUCCUUGCACGCCCGAAGGCCAGUGCAGGUCCGACGCCGCUUUCAGGAGAUGUCUUGAGAGCCUACGACGGGUUCAGGGCAGAGCUUGCGGCUGCAGGGGGUGUUGAAUCCUCAGCCCCUUCUGGUUUCUUGUUCGCAUCUAGGAUUAACUUUCUCGUUUCAAGGUGGUCAACCAGUGAGCUGAUAGGUGCAUAUAAUGAGGGCCCCCAAGCACAACCUCUUGUUAUGUAA